ACCUGGCGUUAUUUGGAUAGCAGCAAUAAAGUUUACUGAGCUCACUCCUUCGAAAGCUCUGUGACGUCGGUCAUUUCCCCGACCAGGUUCUCUUUCUUGUCAUUGGAUGAGAUCUGACCUCUUGUGCCUAGUUCUGUGCUCGCCGCUGUAAUGGAGGGCACAUGGUGGUUCUUCUGGAGCCCUCCAGUGAUGGAACUAGCUCUGGAAGACACACGCCAGGAAGGAAAGAAGGAGUACUCUAAGAAGUGUACCUUGGUUGGGUCUCCAAUGGAGAGUCUCCUGCAGCCAGUGAAGCUUAGCCAGGCAGAACUGUACAAGGAGCCUACCAAUGAAGAGCUAAACCGCCUUCGGGAGACUGAGAGUCUGUUCCACUCUAGCUUGCUUCGUUUGCAGGUAGAGGAGCUACUAAAGGAAGUAAGGCUGUCAGAGAAGAAGAAGGAGCGGAUCGAUGCUUUCCUACGGGAGGUCAACCAGCGAGUCCUGAAGGUGCCCUCAACUCCUAAGACCCAGCUGACUGACCAGACCUGGCUCCCAGCUGGGGUUCGAGUACCCCUCCACCAAGUGCCCUAUACUGUGAAGGGCUCUUUCUGCUUCCUGCCUCCAGCCCAGGUCACUGUUGUGGGCAGCUACCUUCUGGGUACCUGCGUUCGGCCGGACAUUAAUGUGGAUAUGGCAGUGACCAUGCCCAAGGAGCUCCUACAGGACAAGGAUGGGUUGAACCAGCGCUACUUCCGCAAGCGUGCUCUCUACCUGGCCCAGUUAGCUCACCACCUGGGCCAAGACCCCUUCUUUGGCAGUGUUCGCUUCUCCUACACCAAUGGCUGCCACCUGAAACCCUCGCUGCUACUUCGGCCACAUGGGAAGGAUGAGCGCCUGGUCACUGUACGUCUGCAUCCGUGCCCUCCACCUGACUUCUUCCGCCUGUGCCGCCUGCUGCCAUCUAAGAACAAUGUGCGCUCUGCCUGGUACCGAGGGCAGAGUCCCCCAGGGGAUGGUAGCCCAGAGCCUCCCACCCCCCACUAUAAUACAUGGGUUCUGCAGGACAUGGCCCUUGAGUCUCACGUGCAGCUGCUGUCAACUGUGCUGGGCUCAGCCUUGGGGCUGAAGGAUGGCGUGGCACUUCUGAAGGUCUGGCUGCGGCAGCGGGAACUGGACAAGGGCCUGGGAGGGUUCAGUGGGUUCCUUGUCUCCAUGCUGGUUGCCUUCCUUGUGUCCACACGCAAGAUCCACACCACCAUGAGUGGCUACCAGGUCCUGAGAAGCGUCUUGCAGUUUCUGGCCACCACAGAUUUGACAGUCAAUGGGAUCAGCUUAUGUCUCAGCUCAGAUCCUUCCUUGCCGGCCCUGGCUGACUUCCAUCAGGCCUUCUCUGUUGUCUUCCUGGACUCCUCAGGCUGUCUCAACCUCUGUGCUGAUGUCACUGCCUCUACUUACCACCAGGUACAGCAUGAGGCACGGCUGUCUAUGGCAUUGCUGGACAGCAGAGCUGAUGAUGGAUUCCAAUUUUUGCUGAUGACUCCCAAACCCAUGAUCCGGGCUUUUGACCACGUCUUGCAUCUCCAUCCACUGAGUCGCCUGCAGGCAGCAUGUCACCGGCUAAAGCUGUGGCCAGAGCUGCAGGAUCUUGGUGGGGACUAUGUUUCAGCUGCUUUGGGCUCACUGACCACCCUCCUGGAGCAGGGUCUGGGGUCCCGCCUUCACCUGCUGGCCCACUCUCGGCCCCCAGUGUUAGAGUGGGACAUUAGCCAGGAUCCACCGAAGCACAGAGACUCUGGGACCCUGACCCUAGGAUUGCUCCUCCGGCCUGAGGGGCUGACCAGUGUCCUUGAGUUGGGUCCGGAAGCCAACCAGCCCGAGGCUGCUGACUUCCGCCAGUUCUGGGGAUUUCGCUCAGAGCUUCGGCGUUUCCAGGAUGGAGCCAUUCGGGAAGCUGUGGUCUGGGAGGCAGCCUCUAUGGCCCAGAAGCGCCUUAUUCCCCACCAGGUGGUCACCCAUCUCUUGGCACUCCAUGCCGACAUCCCAGAUACCUGUGUCCACUAUGUGGGGGGCCUUCUGGACGCGUUGAUCCAAAGCCCGAAAGAGACCUCCAGCACAGGUGAGGAAGCUCUGGCAGCAGCAGUGCGUUGCUACGAUGACCUCAGCCGCCUCCUGUGGGGGCUAGAAGGUCUCCCGUUGACUGUGUCUGCUGUGCAGGGAGCUCAUCCAGUACUGCGCUACACUGAGGUGUUCCCACCAACCCCAGUCUGGCCAGCCUACUCCUUCUACGAUCACUUGCGAGAGCAGGCCUCGCUGUUGCCUCGGCCUGACAAGCCCUGUCCAGCCUAUGUGGAGCCCAUGACUGUGGUAUGUCAUCUGGAGGGCAGUGGUCAGUGGCCACAGGAUGCUGAGGCCAUACGCCGGGUCCGAGCUGCCUUCCAGCUGCGCCUGGCGGAGCUGCUGACCCAACAGCAUGGGCUACAGUGUCGUGCCACAGCCAUGCACACUGAUGUCCUCAAGGAUGGGUUUGUGUUCCGGAUUCGUGUGGCCUAUCAGCGGGAGCCCCAGAUCCUGAGGGAAAUGCGGAGCCCUGAGGGGAUGAUCUCAUUGAGGGACACGCCUGCCUCCCUCCGCCUUGAGAGGGACACAAGGCAGUUGCCCCUGCUCACCAGUGCCUUGCAUGGACUCCAGCAGCAGCACCCAGCCUUCUCAGGUGUGGCACGGCUGGCCAAGCGGUGGGUGCGCGCCCAGCUUCUGGGUGAGGGGCUCACCGAUGAGAGCCUGGACCUGGUGGUUGCUGCUCUUUUCUUGCACCCUGAGCCCUUUACCCCUCCCAGCUCCCCCCAGGUGGGCUUCCUUCGGUUCCUUUUGUUGAUAUCAACCUUUGAUUGGAAGAACAACCCCCUUAUUGUCAACCUCAACAAUGAGCUCACUGUGGAAGAGGAGGUGGAGAUCCGCAGUGGCUUCCUGGCAGCUCGGAGACAACUCCCAGUCAUGGUCAUCCUUACCCCCCAGGAUCGUAAAAACUCUGUAUGGACACAGGAUGGACCAUCACCCCAGAUCCUACAGCAGCUUGUGGUCCUGGCAGCCGAGGCCUUGCCUGUCCUAGAGAAGCAGCUAAUGGAUCCCCGGGGGCCUGGGGACAUCAGGACAGUGUUCCGGCCACCCUUGGAUAUGUAUGACGUGUUGAUCCGCCUGUCUCCCCGCCACAUCCCCCGGCACCGCCAAGCCGUGGACUCACCAGCUGCCUCCUUCUGCCGUGGCCUGCUCAAUGAGCCAGGGCCCUCGUCCUUGAUGCCUGUGCUAGGCUACGAUCCUCCUCAGCUUUAUCUGGCACAGCUCAGGGAGGCCUUUGGGGACCUGGCCCUUUUCUUUUAUGACCAGCAUGGUGGAGAGGUGAUUGGUGUUCUCUGGAAGCCCACCAGCUUCCAGCCCCAGCCCUUCAAGGCGUCCAACACAAAGGGGCACAUGGUGGUGUCUCAAAGUGGGGAGCUGGUGAUGGUGCCCAAUGUAGAAGCGAUCCUGGAGGACUUUGCCAUCCUGGGUGAAGGCCUGGUACAGGUUGUGGAGGCCCGAAGUGAGAGGUGGACUGUGUGAUCUCCACCCCAGGAGCAAGCUGUAGGUGUACAGCCGGACUUCAGACCUCUGGAGCAAGAUGUCAAUGGCAUGAUCUCCAUCCUCGUUGCGUACGGAUCUUCCAUGGAGUACCUGCUGGCCUAAACACACUGAGAUGUUCCCCUAGAAAAGCCCUGCCCCAAAUUUCUGUCUGAUGCCUCAGCAUCAGAGCAGGGGCCUGGUUUCUUACAGAGUCCCCUGGGCCUGUCUGAACUUCCAGAAGAGGAGGGCAAGCCAGCUCAGCCAAACUGAAUGAACCCAGGAGAUCCAUCCACCUGUCAGCCUUAGUCUGGGCUUUUUUUUUUUUUUUUUUUCCUUUUCUUCCUAGGAUGUUUCCAGAAGUGUGGAGAGGAGGACAUUUGCCCAAGGCUGAGGCUGUCUCCCCUUCCCAUUGCCAGGAUGUGUGCCUACACCUUAGUAUGCCCUUCAGGGCAGUGUCAGGCCUUUAAAUGGGGUCCAGAGAAGGUAUGGCACUUCUUGAGGCUCACAGAAUAUCUGCACUGAGCAGUGGGAAAGGGGCUCUGUGUGUAUGAAUAGAGCCCAUUGAAGGGACACGGGUCUCUCCUGUGUGGGUGCUGUUACUUUCCAGGGUACACCAUGGGAAAGCACAGAGGACAGGAGGGGCUGGGUACCCAAUGAACCAGAGAAGGGGUGAAGGGGUGAGGGGGACAGAUGGUCCCCUAGUCCGGGAGAGCUGCAGAAAGCACUCAGCGUUGCCCUGGCUGCUCAGUGUCUCAGUCCCCCGGCUCCAUGGCAUCUGCCCAUUCAUGUCACACACUGUCCCCACUGCAUCCCUGCAGUAAGGGUGCGGGGGGAACAAGCCCCAAGUCCUGCUCUCCAGGAGCUCUCAGUGCCAGGGUGGGGGGCGGUGCUGCGUCCUUUCACCCCGGUCCACACCCCACUUGCAGCAGCCUCUCCCUUCUCUGUCUCCCCUAAUCCUGGCUGUUUUUCCAGACUCAGCUCGAAUAGUGCUUCCUCCUCCAACCCUUCCCUCGCCCCCAGCCUGAGGUGCUCUUUCUCUCGUCUGAAACAUGAGAGCAAUUACUGUCUGUUCGGUUUACUUCGUAGUUGCAUACAGGGCGUGAACUCUUCUGUUGUUUUAAACUCUGAUUUAAAAUUAAGUCACUUAAUUUCCCCAUGUUCCUGGCUUUUCUGCCAUUUUCACAUAGUUUUAACAUUGUCUCCUAGAAGUAAACUCUCUGGGGGCAGGUAACAUGUUUGAACAGAUUUCUUGGCACCUUCGUGGUACCCAGGACAAUGCUCAAGUAGGAUGCAGGUGUGUGCAGAAGGGGCAUCUAGGCCAGGCAGAUGGAGAGCAAGCAGGCCCACCAAAAUGCUUUAAGGACAAGGGAAUCAUAAUUUGUAAUCUCUGCCUAGAAUGAGUGUGGAGGUGACAAUGAGUUGCACCCUGAGAAUUAAGAUGCAGCUGACAUUUUGAGUGCCUGGUAAAUGCUGGGCAUUCUGUUAUUUUACAUGUCUUAUGUGCAGGAACGUGAUCAUGCAACAAUACCAGCCCUGUGAAGUAUGUGCUUUUAGUUAUCCUCAUUUUCUGAAAGGUUCAGCAGCAGGCAUGGGCCUGUUUGUGAAGAGAUUGAUGCCUGGUUAUCAGGGUUCAUCCUCAAGAUGAUAAGGGAUGCCUGGGUGGCUCAGUUGGUUGAGCGUCUGACUUCAGCUCAGGUCAUGAUCUCAUGGUUCAUGAGUUUGAGCCCUGCGUUGGGCUCUGUGCUGAAAGCUCAGAAUCUGGAGCCUGUCUCAGAUUCUGUGUCUCCCUCUCCCUUUGUUCUUCCCCCACUUGCUCUCUCUCUCUCAAAAAUAAAUAAAGAUAAAAAAAAAAAAAAAAAAAAAAAGACGACAAGCCACAUAUGGGAGCCCUGAUCUUGAAUUUUGUCCCAAGUCUGUUAGUCUUUGUGAACCUGUACCAGUCCCUACCUGUCACCGUCAUGAGAUUAGAUGUUGGCAUGUCAUAGAGAAUACAUUGAUGGGCUAUGUGAGCUGUGCUCUUGAUUCAUGAACUCCAGGCAGAGGUGUACAAGACUUUGUGUUUGGGGAAAGAAAUGCAGUUCCAGCCCUCAUGGACCUUGGUUCUGUGGUGUUCCCUGGUUCCUCUUCACUUAUUUUCUCCACAGUCCCUCUGUAGGCUCUGGGGAAGGAUGGUGCUGGCCUGUUUCAAACCAUCCUGUUUCCAUCCGUGGGUCGGCUUCAAUCCUGUAGCUUCUGGCCUUUUCACAAACCCAGUUCUAGAUUAUCCUGGUGAAGGAGGGAACAGAAUCUGCCCCCGGGCAAAACUGCAGCAGGUGGCUCCAAGAGGUGCAGACGCCAGUCCCCACUUGGAAAAUGAGCCCUGGCCCUGCUACCUCCAUGUUUCCUUGGGCAAAUCACUUCCCUUGAUGGGCUCAGCUUCACCACCUGUAAAAUGGGCAUGGUAAUGGCUUUGUCAGGGGCACAAUGAGGCAAGGGAAGAUGGCAGAUAACUCAACCCAAGGAGCUGUACCACCUUUCUGCACUCCCUGCUCAGCACUGUGGAGAAAGCAGGCAGCCCAGGCUACAUCACUCUGUAGCUCCAACCUCACAGUCCAUCACACUGUAGCUCCAACCUGUUUCCUCCAAUCUCUAGGAAGUGGGUGAAGAGGCUGGUGUGGUCUAAGAUGACCAUGGUGGCAUGAGGAGCUGGAACUUCAUUGGAAGGGAAGGAGAGAAGACUAGGAACUCCUGUGUGAGCAAGGCUGGGCAGGAUGUAGGUUAUACAUCCCCGUGGGUGUGUCUGCCUCUGGGGGGUUCUGCAUUUACGUCUGCAGGUGGACAUGAUGGGGUAGGAGUCUGAUGUAUGGAGUGAUUUGUCUGCUCUGUGUGUUGGGGGGCAUGGACAUGUCUGUAUGCACUAGUCUGUGUGCAGGUUUUGUCUCCAGCUCAGAGUUACUGUAAAAGGGGAACUCUCUUUUUUUGAAGAGUAGGUCAGGAGAGAAAGCUCUCAGAUAAAGAGGCAAAAAUUCUGGGGGAGUGGGGGGUGCCUGAGUGGCUCAGUCUAAGCAGUUAAGCGUCUGGCUUCAGCUCGGGUCAUGAUCUCACGGUUUGUGACUUCGAGUCCUGCAUCAGGCUCUGUGCUGACAGCUCGGAGCCUGGAGCCUGCUUCGGAUUCUGUGUCUCCCUCUCUCUCUGCCCCUCCCUGGCUUGCACUGUCUUUGUUUCUCUUUCUCAAAAAUAAAUAUUAAAAAAAAAAAAAGCAGAGGCAAAAACUCUGGAUUGUUUCUGUGGCUUUAAACAAAGCCUUCUUCUCGGGGCUUUGGUUUCCCCAGUUCUGUCAGACCUUCUAAGCCUCGCUGUGUGGUUACAUUUAGUGAAUUCUCAAAGUGUCCUCUCUUCUGACUGUGGUAUCACCAUCUCCUCUAAACUGGAAUCCAUUCAGCUGAAGACCCUAUUUUCCUCUGCCCAGCACAUGACUUUGGAGAAAAAGAGCAAGAUCCCAAAGCCUAGGGGUCCUUGCAGCAGGUUACGUUCAAAGAAGUCCUGAGGGCUGCUCGGAUUUGGACUCGUCCAA